UACGUUUGACAUUUUUGGGUCUUUGUACCCUUGUUAAUUGUUAAAAUUGAUAUUAAAAUCAAUUUUUAAAGUAUAAUAAUAAAUUAAAAUAGUCAUUCAUUAAUAAUACUUUGUGAUUAUCUAAAAAGAUAAUAAAUUAUUUACGACUUUAUAUAUAUAUAUAUUUUAAACGAAGCAGACUCUUAUGGCAAAAGAUCAGCGCAGGUAAUGUUAUCUGAGAAAAGUGGUGUAAGAUAAAAGUGCAAAAAAGUGCUUUGAAAUUUUUUUGAUAGGAAUUUCCGCAGGUCGGGAUGCAUGCAUUAAAUUCCAAAAAAAGUCGGCCUUUUCUGUGGUUACAAAGAAGCUAUUAAAAAAAAGAAAGAGAGAAAAAAAAAAGAAAACAGAUUGUACUGGAGUUAAACCGGGUGUUUUGGAUAAAGGCCAAUCAAGUUUUUUUUAAAAAAAAACUAAUUAAAAUGUCCAUCGUCAUCGAGGAGUUCAAUUACCUGUGUCGUCUCUGUGCUGCGAAGACGGGAAUUCUCAUGGGUUUGCCGAUUUUUAAUAGCGAUGAGCAGAUAAGAAAUAUCGACAAGAAAAUUACCGCUUGCUUGUCUCUCCAGGUAUCAAUGAGUGAUCAAUUACCAAAAGUUGUUUGCGGUGAAUGUGCAUUUAAAUUGGAUGAAUUAUUUGAUUUUCGUGAAAAGUGUCUCAAUACUGAGGAAAUGUUUAUGGGAAUGUUGAAAGAAAUCACAAAAGAAGAAAAUGUUAAUAUUGAACAUCAUUUAAAUAUUGAAAUUCAAUCAAACAUUGAAGAAAUACAAAAUCAUGCAACUGCAAAUCAACAUACGGAUGAAAUUCAUACAAUGCAAAUAAUGGAUGAUAUGGAUUUAGCCGGUGGUGAACAAGUUGUAACACAAGAAGAAAUUAAUCAUCAAGAUGAUGAUCUUGAAGUUACUGAUAUUCAUUGUCUCGAUGGUGAAACAGUUCGAAUGGUCGAUGAACAUAUUCGUGAAGUUUCCAAUCAUCAAAUUGCAAUGCAUUUGGAAGGUGACAUGACAGUAGUGGAAAAUUUAACUGUCGAGGGAGAUUUGGAUCCACUUGAAAUUAAUUAUGUCACGACAAUCAAUUCCAAUGCGAGUCAAGAACAAAUUGUUCACUAUUGCGAAAGUGUCAAGUAUGAAGAUAUUACUGUAAAAGAUGAAUUUCGAAGGCUGCAGGAGAGUCUUAAUGCGGAGUCUGCGACUCGUGUUAUUGAAAACAAUGUGAGAAACGAUGAUUUUUCGCACAAAACAACAAAAGAAACAUUUAAUAUUCAAAAUGAAUCAUCUCCAGUAACUGAAAUUCCAUCGACAAGUCAAGUAAAUUCUGACAAUUGUGUACUUAUUGGAUAUACAAAACAGGGAAAAAAAGAAUUAUUUGAUUCGAUUCUUGAGAAUCCGACAAUUGACGCAAGUGGUGCCAAUUGGUAUGUUUGUCCAUUUUGCAAUGAAGCUGCCUCGGAUCCAAAUAAUUUAAUUCCACAUUUUGAACAACAUUUUUGUAAUUGUUCAUGUGGUGUUUAUUUUACAAGUGUUGAGGUAUUGACAUUGCAUAAACAAAAUUGUGAAAAUAAAAUCAAUUCAACGGAUGAGGAUAUUGUUGCAAAUAAAAUUGAUACACCUAAUGAAAAAUUAAACGAACCCCAAGAUGAACAGAAAAAACAAUCGUCUGUUCGACAAAAAUGGACACCAAAAAUUUGUACACAAUGUGGUAAACAAUAUAGAACAAAUUAUAAAUUACAGGAGCAUAUGCGUAAACAUACUGGCGAAAAACCAUUUCAAUGUUCAAUGUGCGAAAAAGCAUUUCGAAGUAAAAUUGGAUUAGCACAACAUUUUGCAACACAUACGGGACAAUUUGAUUAUAAUUGUUCGACAUGUGGAAAGGGAUUUCAAUGCAAAAGUUAUCUUAUCGUUCAUCAAAGGGUACACUCAGAUUUAAAACCAUAUCCAUGCGAAACUUGUGGUCAAAAUUUCAAAACAAAACAAUCACUUCUCGAUCAUCAAAAUCGUCAUCUAGGCGUGAAGCCCUAUAUGUGCGAAGUUUGUGGACGUGGAUUUAUCACCAAAGGUCUUUGCAAAAGUCAUCAGAAAAUCCACUCGGGAAUGGAUAAUCGACAAUAUCCAUGUGUUGUUUGUAAUAAAAUGUUUGUUAGCAAAAGCUAUUUGAAUACACAUCUUCGAAUUCACACUGGUGAGAAACCAUAUUUAUGUGAGGUUUGCGGUAAGGGUUUUUUAACGCGUGUCGAUUUAAAAAUUCACUCCACAAUGCACACGGGUGAGAAAAGUUUUAAAUGUGAUGUUUGUGGAAAAGUAUUCGCGAGACGCGCUGCCCUUAGAUGUCAUCGACGAUCACAUACCGGUGAACGUCCAUAUAGAUGUGAUGUUUGUGGAAAAACAUUUACACAAUUUAGUCCAAUGGCAAUUCAUAAACGUUUACAUACUGGUGAAAGACCAUAUGAAUGUGAUGUAUGUCGAAAAGCAUUUGUAUCGAGAUCGACAAUGAUGUGUCAUAGAAAAAAGCAUCAUGCUGAUGUAACAAAGAUGAUUUAACUGAUGGUAAAUUGAAGGAUGGCACUAAUUCUGAAACAAAAGGAGAUGUAACGCACAUAUUUGGAGAAUAAAAUUUCAUUUAAAUAUCUUAGGAAAUAUUUUUCAAAAAUAAGAAUAUUUCAUCUCAAUGAACAAAAAAUUCAAUACACGGAAAGAAAAUACCGCUUAUUGAAAUAUGGACCAAUUUAAAAAAAAAAGAAGAAUUAGAAAAUCAAUGUCUUUAGAAAGUUAACGAAAUAUUGUACAAUUUUUACCAUUUAUUAUAAUAAUGAAAGAGAUAAUCAAAAUGUUAACCGUUGCUUCUGCUAAUUGAAUGCUUCCAUAAAUUGUCAACAAUUUAUAUAAAAAAAAAAUAAUGUUGAUAAAAUUGCUUUUUAGUUCAACAUUAGUAUGAAUCGGCGGCAAUUUUUUUUUUCUAUUUUUUCGAAAUACUAGUCGUUAGUUAAAUUUUUGAAAAAUAUUUCAUUAAUUGUAAUUUAGGAAAAUAUUUUUGCAAAAAUGUAUAUAUAUUGUAUAUGUAUAUGAAACAUAUUUUAGCAAAGUAACAAAAUUUUUGAAUUUAUUUCAAAUUAAUAAUUAGUUUUUCCAUUUAAGAUUUGUUCAUUUAAAUAAUUUUUUUUAAAAAAAGCUUUUCUAAAAUUGAAAUAGCACAAUUUCAUUAUUAAGUAUACUCACUUUAGUGAAAUGUACCAUUAAAACAAACAAAAAAAAAAUUAGAUUUUAAAUACAUUUUUGUACGAAAUAUCCAAAUAUAAUUUUUUUUCCGGUAUUUAAUUUUUGAAACUGAAAAAUUUUUUAUUUAGUUUCGUAAUUAUUAAAAUGUAAACAUUUUUCGGAUUAUUUGCAAAAAUUCGAUUUUAAAUUUCGAAAAAUAUUAUUACAAAUGAAUAGAUUUUUCGUUUUCAAUUUUUAGAUAAAUGGUAUAUAUAGGUCAAGUGAGUUUAUAUUGAAUGUGAGAAUUCAAUAAUUAAUUAAGUGCCACAAUGUGCUUUGCGAAUAUUGAUUGUUGACUGGAAGAGAUUUGUAAAUAGUAAAGUUUAAAUGUAAGUUUAGAAAAAAAAAUUACUUGGCACAAAUUGUAUUUUACGUCUUUUUUUUUUUGGUAUAUGUAGGAUAUUUUUUUGCGAAUAUUUAUUCAAUACAUAUAUCAACAUAUCGCUAUCAUUUCUCAUUUAUGUAUUGAAAGUAAAGACAAAUAAAAAUAUUUCCUAGUAAAAAAUAUUGAAAAUAAUUUAUAUUUUUAUGUAGAUAUUUUGGUGAUUUUCUGAAAAAAAAUUUUAUAUUUGGGGUAAAAAAAUAACGAGUCAUUUUAAUUUCAAUUUGUAAUAUAAUUUUGUUCCAGUUCAAAAUUUAAAAGUAAAUAAAUUAUAAUUAAUUUUCAAAAUAAUAUAUAAUAUAUUUAUAUAUAUAUAUAUAUUUAUAACUUCGCAGUAAACAACAAUAAAGCAGCCUCUUAUUAAAAAUCUUCUUUUAUUUUUUUGUGACAUUUGUAUAAUAGUAACGUGAGUGGUAUGAAUUUUCGACUACUUUUAGAUGAUUUAAGAAAAAAAAAAGUAACAUGUAGUGCGUUACACUUUAAUUGAGAUAAGUAUAAGUCGUGUUUGACAUUAUUUCUCACAUUAACAUACAUAUUAAUAUAGAUUUAUCAUCAACUUUGAAUUUAACAACUACGUAGUGUGGCAUUCAAGCUUUCGAUACGUUUAACUUGUCAUGUUUAAUGACUGUUAGUGAUUUUUUUUCUCUCACUACUGGGGUGAUGCCUAACGAUUGACGACAAGUUUCCUCUAUGAGUUUUAUUUACCACAAAUCGUUGAUUAGUUUUUUUUUUUUUUUUUUUUUUAAACCCAUAAUUUGUCUUACUCAUUAACUAUAACUUCGAUCUGUUUUUAUUUUUAGGCACGCGAACAGAUUUUUUUUAUUUUGCAAUAAUUUGAAAUAAAAUUUAUUUCAUUUUCACAAUCAUUUUAUUUUUAUUUUUUAAAUUUACUAUUUUAUAGUUCUAAUAUUAUAUUUAUUAUUUUCUAAAUAUUUUUUGUUCUUUUAUUUUAUAUUGAUUGGAAAAAAAUUUCACUUUUGGUACUAUUUUCUUUUUUUUAAAUAUGUUUUUAUACAUAAACAUCAAAAGUUUUUGUAUAAAAUGGUAAAAUUAAAAUAGUGUAAAAAAUAUAUAUAAAAAUUUUAAUUAAAAAAACAUUCGUUCAUGUUUCGUUCAUUCCGAUUAAAAUGUAUCGCGACAGUUUUUGUACAAAAUUAAAUUUUAAAAAAUCGAGAAACAUCGUUAAAAUUUUUAAAAAUACAUUUAUAAAUUCUUAGUGACGAUAAAAAAAUGAUUAAAUAUUCAUCGUCAAUUAGUUAAAAAACAAAUGGUAACAAUGAAAAAUAUUUUGAAAUUAUUAAACGUUGUUCUCGAAGUGAAUUUAUUGGUACUUGUCGUCAAUGUGGGUGUAAUUUACAAUUUAAAUCUACAUUCUAUACGCGCGUUGCAAUUGCAGCUACGAAUUCAAUAUUACAGUGGUUUUGAAUCAAUUGCAAAAAUCUAAAAUUGUUUUUAAAAUCCAAUCAAGCGAUUUUUUUUGUGUAUUCUACGUGUAUUUUGUUCGUUCAUUAUUAUUUUUGUUUUUUUUUGGGAAAAGUCCCCACUCUCGCGUACAACGCUCGAUAGAAAAUUAUAAAUAUUUUUUUUCGAAAAAUUUGUGUAGAAUAAAUUUUUGUUCCCGAAAAAUGAUUAUUGCUGCCAAAAUUUAAUAAAAUUUUUGCAGUCACAGUUGUAAUUUAAAGAGAGAGAUAGGGAGAGAGAGCAAUUAAAAUUAUUAGGAACACAUGAAUUUGGCGUUCUUUUUUGUCUUUACAAAGUAAAGGGGAAAAAAGUAAAAAAAAAAAA